CAACGGACGCCACCGCGGUCAUGAACCGCGAGAGCUUCGCGGCGGGCGAGCGACUUGUGUCGCCGGCUUACGUGAGGCAGGGCUGUGAGGCCCGCCGCUCGCACGAGCACCUCAUACGGCUGCUUCUGGAGAAGGGCAAGUGUCCAGAGAAUGGCUGGGAUGAAAGUACACUUGAACUCUUUUUACAUGAGCUUGCAAUCAUGGACAGCAACAAUUUCUUAGGCAAUUGUGGUGUGGGAGAAAGGGAAGGGAGAGUUGCAUCCGCAUUAGUUGCUCGUCGUCAUUACAGGUUAAUUCAUGGGAUUGGACGAUCGGGUGAUAUUUCUGCUGUGCAACCAAAAGCUGCAGGCUCUAGCCUUUUGAACAAAAUUACCAAUUUUUUGGUCCUGGACAUGAUUAAGCUGGCUGGUGUCCAUACAGUAGCCAACUGCUUUGUAGUUCCUAUGGCAACUGGUAUGAGUCUAACCCUAUGUUUCUUAACAUUACGACACAAAAGACCAAAGGCAAAGUAUAUUAUAUGGCCACGAAUAGACCAGAAGUCCUGCUUUAAAUCCAUGAUCACUGCAGGUUUUGAGCCUGUGGUGAUAGAAAAUGUUUUGGAAGGUGACGAGCUACGUACAGACCUGCAAGCAGUAAAGGCUAAAGUCCAGGAACUUGGGCCUGAUAACAUUCUGUGUAUUCAUUCUACUACAUCCUGUUUUGCUCCCAGGGUGCCUGAUAGACUAGAAGAACUGGCUGUGAUUUGUGCUAAUUUUGACAUUCCACAUAUAGUCAAUAAUGCUUAUGGAGUGCAGUCUUCAAAGUGUAUGCACCUCAUUCAGCAGGGGGCUCGAGUUGGUAGAAUAGAUGCUUUUGUUCAGAGCUUGGACAAAAAUUUUAUGGUUCCAGUAGGUGGCGCUAUAAUUGCUGGCUUUAACGAUUCCUUCAUUCAGGAAAUCAGCAAGAUGUAUCCAGGAAGAGCUUCAGCUUCACCUUCUUUAGAUGUCCUUAUUACUUUAUUAUCACUUGGAUCAAAUGGCUAUAAGAAACUAUUAAAAGAAAGAAAGGAAAUGUUUUCAUAUUUGUCCAACCAAAUAAAGAAGUUGUCAGAAGCCUACAAUGAAAGACUGUUGCAUACACCUCACAAUCCCAUAUCUUUAGCUGUGACACUUAAAACAUUAGAUAAACACCAUGACAAAGCUGUCACUCAGCUUGGCUCGAUGCUUUUUACCAGACAGGUUUCUGGAGCCAGGGUUGUGCCUCUUGGGUCUGUGCAAACUGUGAGUGGCUAUACUUUCAGAGGCUUUAUGUCACAUACAAAUAAUUACCCUUGUGCUUACCUCAAUGCUGCAUCAGCCAUCGGAAUGAAGAUGCAGGAUGUGGACCUGUUCAUAAAGAGACUUGACAGGUGUUUAAAGACAGUAAGAAAAGAACAAAGUAAAGACAGUGAUGACAAUUAUGAUAAAACUGAAGAUGUGGAUAUUGAAGAAAUGGCUUUAAAACUAGAUAAUGUACUUCUUGACACACACCAGGAUGCUUCUUCAUGACAUGCAAAAGGUUUCUUCUUGAUCGUUUGAAGGAAAUGAUACAGCUGUAGUACAAGCAAGUAGUCUGAACUAGCCAUUGAUGAUUGUUAAGUUUUCCUUUCUUAGACUGCUUCAAUCCUUGUGAUCCAUAACAGGUUAUAAUAUACAAUUAGCAUUUUUCUAAUUGUUAGGAUAUCUGUCAAUUAAGCCUCAUGGCUCAGAUAAUUUUUACUAGUGUAAUGACAGUAAUAUUACCUUCAAUUAUUUUUGAAAUGCAGAUCACACAGAAUUGAGAAAGGUCUCUUACGUUACUAGUUACUAGUUGUUUGUUGAAAUGUGUAAGUCACAAUGUGCCUGUGAAAUGGACAUUCCCCAGGGAAGCAGAGUAAGGGUAUAAACUUCCAUUUUGACCCAAAAGCAGUGGUUCUCAACUGGGGAUGAUUCACUUAUCUGAACAGCAUCUGUGGACAUGUUUGGUUAUCACAACUGGUGGGAUGCCGUUAACAUCUGGAGGAUACAGGCCAGGGUGCUGCUCAACAUCCUACAAUGCGUGGACAACUCCCCACAACAAAGAAUUACCCAACCCAAAAUGUCAGCAGUGCUGAAGUUGAGAAAUACACCUCUAAAAUAGAUAAACUCCUUGAGUAAAGAGAAGUUUAUCAUAGCAACUUUAAUUAUUCAGUAAUACUUCAAAGAAGAUAGCUUUAUAAAUGUCAUCAAAUAUAGAGAAUCUUAAGUGAUAACCAGGGUCACGGGUUCUAAACAUGUCAUUAUGGCACUGGUGCAUUUUUCCACUUGGGUAAGGGAAACCAUUAUUCCACUUACUGUUUUUGCUUUAAGCAGCCGUGUAUAUUGGUUAGUUUGUUCAGAUGUUGUGUACAGACAUCAUCAAAAUUGGCUAACAUGGGUAUUUUUGAGCAUAUUUUUGCUAGGAAGGUGAAAAUCAUACAGUGUGAUAAACAGUUGUAUUCCCCCAUUUCUACCCAUGUGUUCAUUUUUCUAAAUCUGAAAUUCCAGACUUACUUGCAUUAACAAUAGUUUUUGUUGUUAAUUUAAGAAAUAGACUGAUAUGUCAUAGCCUGAAGAGUUACUGAAGCUUCUAAACAUGCCACCAUGCCAAAGCCAUGUUUCUCAAAACCAACUCUGUGGAUCAUUGUUCCAAAAAGGUGCUCAUGGGGAGAAAAUGUUCUGCAAACAAAUAAAUUUGGGAGCCACCUUUGCAAACCUGCCUUUUGGCAUAUUAAAGGCUCUAAGAAUUGCCUCACUAACCCAGUUUGAGUAUAUCCUUAUCCAAAGAGAAACUUAUUUUUUAAAGUGAAGUAUUUGUUAACAGCCCAUUGAACAUACUUUUAAAAACACUACGGUAGAGAAUGGUAUGUUGCCUUCUGGGUUGCAUUUUUCUUAUUGAUUUGCCAUUGUAACCUAUGUAUAAGAAAGGGAUUUUCUGGUAUUUUGGUGACAUUGUGCAUUGUCCCAGACUGUAAACGUGAGCUCAGAUAGAUACCACUUCCUUUAACGUGUAAGGUAGACUCCUGUGGUCACUGGCUUGACUACCUUGGAAGUCAAUACUAUUCUGAGAUAAAGCUUUAAAUUAUGAAUAUCACAAAGUUUAUUUUAAAAUGUAUUUAUUUUAUCUUUGGGGCUCAAACAUUUAAAAAAUUUACAUAGUUGUAAUAACUCAUUUCAAGGGAAUAAAUACUGGAUUAAAAAGUGUAAAUUUUUAAUGAGAAUUUGGGACUAAAUUGCAGAGCCAAUAAAGCUGAAGAGUUGCAACCUCUAGAGUCAAGAAAAGGAUUGAAAUGAUGUUGCAAAUGUAAAGCUGACAGUGCAGCCUACUGCACAUGUACGCCAAAACUGUUUUCUAGAGCAAGUGAUCAUAUUGUUGUGACCAUCAUUUAGCUUAAGAAAGGCCAGAGCUGGGAAACUCGCAAAUGUUUUCUCAUCUGCAGUAUAUUAGCAGUUCUUGGGCUUCAGCUGCUGAAUAGAUAAUAAUUCUAAUUGAAGAUAAAUUACAUGAACUCACAUGUGAAUGAUAGAUAUGUUACAACAUUUCAUUCUUGAUGCAUAAAAUCAGCUGUGGUUUUUAUUAUUAACCCUUUUCUUUUUCCGUGGUUAUGGAAUUCUAGCUCUAUUCCUCCUGGCUUAAAAUUUGACUCUGAGUUCAUGGAAUUCACACAGUUUUUGAAGAGUUCUGUCUAUUCAGGCUUUCCUUGGUCCUCACCCUAGUGUAAUUUUCCCUUACUCCCAUUUCUACAUAUAAGUAUUAAAAAGGAUGUGUUUAUUAUAAUUUGCUAGUACUGAUUGAGAAGCCUCAUGAUUGGCCUUUGUUAUAUUUGCACAGUGACAAAGGCAGUGGAUGAUCCACUUCCAGCCAUUGCUGAAGAUAACCUUUUCUAUCGUUGUGACCCAACUACCCUUAUUAAAACUACCAGGUAGAGGGCCGGUCGCGGUGGCUCAAGCCUGUAAUCCCAGCACUUUGGGAGGCCGAGGCGGGUGGAUCAUGAGGUCAAGAGAUCGAGACCAUCUGGUCAACAUGGUGAAACCCUGUCUCUACUAAAAAUACAAAAAAAUUAGCUGGGCAUGGUGGCGUGUGCCUGUAAUCCCAGCUACUCGGGAGGCUGAGGCAGGAGAAUUGCCUGAACCCAGGAGGCGGAGGUUGCGGUGAGCCGAGAUUGCGCCAUUGCACUCCAGCCUGGGUAACAAGAGCGAAACUCCGUCUCAAAAAAAAACAAAAAACAAAAAAACUACCAGGUAGAAUUUUGGAGUUAGGUUUUUAAAGUCAUUGGGCUAUGGCAGUCUGCCUAGAAAAGAAAAUUGAGGAACGGAAUCUUCUUUUGGUCUUUCCACAGUGUGUUACUUACACAUGGCAAGGAAAGGAAUUUUAAAUCAAACCCACAGUUUGGUUCUCAGGUCCUCUGCUGAAGAAUUCUCACUCUAUCAGGGAAUGAUAUGUGACGCCAGCCUUAGGAACCUGGUGUUUGACUGUAAAUCUUUCUAUUGAUUUUUUUGUAUUAGUUGAAUGAAGUUAUAGAAUAUGAAUUAUUGAAUGCAGUUCUGUUCAGCUGCUAGGCACUUGAUAUACAGAAUGGUAAAUUUAAAUAUAAAUUACAUUUUUCUAAUAUUGUGAUCAGUACUUAACUCCAUUGUGGUUCUGUGUCUUUAACUGCCUCACAAUAAGAACUCUCAUUGAGGACUGGGCUACAGAAUGUGCUUGUAUUUUUAGACGAUGUCUGUGGCUUCCAUAGAUUUUAGUAAAAUUUAAACAGAGAUAAUUUGUGGUUACUGCUGAUGUUACUUUAAUUUUGAAUUAGCAGUUCAUCCUGAGAGUUAUAUUCAAGUGUCCUUUCACAGAGGAAAAUAACCAACAGCUGAAAACAACAACAAUAAAACUGGUGAAUCUAACUCAUAUUACACUGGGAGAAAGUUUUUGGAAUACAUACACAUUUGGUGUAUGUAAGAGUUGGGUUUUCUUUUCCCACUUUCUGAGAUGUACUAACUUCUGCCAGGCCCUUAAAUUUUGAUUUUGUUAUGUUUUACAUUUUUGAGGCCAACCUUAUUUUGUAACUGAAAAAAAAGUCCAGUUUUGCAUACACAGAAGUUUGGUUAUUUUAGAAGUCUCAUAGCCUGAAUAAUUUAAUAAUAAUUGAAUAUGAUACUCAUAGCUUUUUAAGAAGAGGUUAUAUUAGUCAGUUUUCUCCUUGUCUGCCAUAUUAUGUUGGCUAAAUGUCUCUUAAGGCCAAUCUUAGUAGACAGACCUAACACUCAUUGCAUCCUUUUGUGCCUUACUUUUUACUUUCCUUUUGCCCUUAUGGUAGGUACACAUGUAAGAUGGUAAGUUUAAGGCUAAUGAAUAUAUGUUUGUAAUUUCCUUCUCAUUAUUCUGCAGUUAAAGCUAAGGCCUUAGGCAAAAUCUAGAAAUGUUUAUGUUGUUUUAUUUUUUAUCAAGUGGUGUUGACUUGAGAAGUAGAGAAAGGCUAUGCUUAACUGUGUAACUGUGGGGAUUUUAGCCAUGAGAUUAUGAAGCUGAUGUCAGCCUGCUAACCUGUUUUUCCCAAAGGAAAAGAUGUUUCCAAAAACGUUUUUGCUGUAGACUGUUUAAAAAUAAAAAUAAAUUAUAUAAUUUAUUGCAUGAAAUAAAUUUUUAAUAAGUCA